GCGCCACAUAGUGAAACAUUUAUUUAGCAAGUGAUAGGAGUAUACUCUAUUUUUCCUACUAAUAACGACGUAAAUGUGAAUCGACAUUCGAAAGCUUUGCAUCGAUUAAUAUCGUACACGUAAUUGCAUUAGUUUCGUGUCUUUAUCUGAAUGUUACAUGUGAUGUUUAAUUUGUUUCUGAAUUAGAAGUAUUCGUGUCAAAGUGUUUGACACGUAGUUAUUUGUUUCGUGUCCACCUUAUAGUUUUAUGAAUAGUUUGGCAAACACUUCUUUCCCGAUACGUUGCUAUGUAGUACCGGUGUAAAUGAAGCGGCGGCGUAUAGCGCGGUCGCGUGGUAAAGGGAUACCGCCUUUGAGGAUGAUGAAAAUGGCGCGCAAAUGUUGCGUGCGUAGCUGUGAGGUUGAUGUUCAGGAUGCUAGAGCGAAGGGUUUACCGCUUCAUAGAUUUCCAAAAGAUAAUAAUUUAAGAAGUAAAUGGUUGGCUAGUGGUGGAUUCGAGACAAGUUUCAAACCUACACCGGGUCAAGUUGUCUGCCACAGGCAUUUUAAACGUGCUGAUUACGAAGCCGCUAAGGGACAUAAAUUACUUCUGCGUAAGGGCAGUAUUCCAUCAGUUUUUGCAGAUUAUGACAAUCAUCCAGAUCCUGUGAUUAUGUCUGUGAAAUCAUCAACUUCUUAUGCGCAGGAGGAUUUGGAUCUCAUUAAUUCUGAGAUUUUAAAUUUAGAGCAAUGUAUUUCACCAUUGGUAUCUGAAGGAAGAACACAAAAGUCUGAUACCCCUAAAGAAACAUGUUCUUCUCAAUCAGCAUCAUUAGCUGAUUCUUUGAAUGAGUUAGAUUCAACAGAAUCUGUUGACAACGGGUACAAAAAUUUGAACAUAAAAGAAAAAGACAGCAUAAAAGAAGAAGUUCCUAUAAAACAGGAAGCAAAUGAAACUCCAGAGGUACAAGUAAAUACCAUGGCAGUGCAAUUGGGAAUUGUUGAAUCAGACAUGGCAAUGAAGCAUAUACAAAAAAAUUUAAUUAUAAAAGAAGAAUUAAAAAACGUAAAAAUGGAAGAUGAAAAAGUAUUUGAGAAGUCAGAUGAAUUGAAACCAAAGAUUUUAAAUAAGGGUGGAUUAAAAUUUUUUCCUGGUGCCAAAUUAGAAGCAAAGGAUUUCAAUGAAAAAUGGUAUUCAGCCAAAGUAGUGGAAACUGAUUGGGAUGAAAGAGAAGUCUUGAUCCAUUUUGAUAAGUGGAGUUCAAGAUUUGAUGAAUGGAUACCUAUGGAUAGCUCUAGAUUACGUGUAUUGCAAACACAACCAACCGAAGAAACAUGGGAUCCGCCAGCAUCGGAAGAAAAUAUGAAAGAUUUUUUAGUGGGAGAAAGGAUACUUGCUACAUGGGCUGAUGGUAGAAAAUAUCCAGCCAAAGUGAAUGCAGUUUUAGGAAAUGAUAGGUAUGAUGUACUCUUUGAUGAUGGAUAUGCAAAGACGGUUAAAUCGUCAAAAAUGACAAAAAUUACUCCAGCAUCUACCAAGCAAUUUAGUCAAACUGAAGAGUAUAUAGGAAGCAAGCAAGAGAGGAGAGAUAAGAAAAGAAAACAUACAGUUAUGGAAUUAUUUCAUACACAUUCGAGAAAACGGACGAAAAAUGAAGGAGAUAAAGUAGCCAAAAAGCAAGAGGUGGCAAUUAAUGAAAAUGGAGAAGUUACAGACAAAAUUGAUUUAGAUGGUACUCUGUUUGGCCCUUGUUAUGAUCCUGGGACAGAUCUAUUACGGGGAUUUGACACAAAUAUAUCCAAAAUGAAAGCUUGUACAAAAAAGAGCAAGAAGGAUAUCCCAAGAAAUGAUGUAAAUCAGGAGGAUGAUGUAGGGCCAGAAUGGGUAGAUGGAGAACCUCAAGGAACUGAAUCUUACAUAGUAGAUGGAAAUGAUGGACCUCGUCGCUCAAUAAUAGUUGCAGAUAAACGAUUACCACCUGGAUGGCAAAAACAUUUUACGCAAAGAAAGGCCGGUACGUCCGCCGGGAAAUGGGAUGUCUUAUUUCUUCAUAAAUCAAGUGGGAAAAAGUUUCGAUCGCGAAAUGAUAUCAAGGUGUUCCUAGAAAAUCAGGGGCAAUUCGAUUUUGAUCCCGAGAAAUUUGAUUUCUGUAUUCACCGGAAAAAGAAAAACUAUGGGCAAAAAUUAAAACAACCGAUUACAAUGGAUGUACCAAAGAAGAUCAAGACUUUAUUACCUAAAGCAAAAACAGCAGUAACAGAAGAUUCGUCGUUGGUUUCAGCAAGUACACCAGUUACAACAUUAGUAUCUACAUCAACAACAUCAAUUACAGACGGUGGAGUAAUUUAUUCUGUUUUCAUUGGCGGACUUCGCGUAGAGAUGGAGGACAGUGCAUAUAAAUGUCCAAAGCAAGGAUGUAACAAGACAUUUCGUAAAGAAAAUCUUUUACAAAUGCACAUAAAACAUUAUCAUCCAGAAUACUCCAAAUUUUUGGGAUCUACGCCAAAUGUUGCAGAUUUAGCGUAUGCAAGAACAAUCGGAGAAUCAGUCGAGGAUAUUAUUCCAAAGAAAUCAAAUAACUUGUUAGACAAAUGUAAUAAACUUGGAAAGAAAAAACCUAUUCAUGAUAAAGCAUUAUAUACCGCGCCUUCGUCUGUAACAAAUUUUGUUCAAUCUACGUCGCCGAAAGUAAUUUUACCGGCAACAUCUGAUAUAGAGGAUGAAAUAGAUCAAAUAGAAAAAUCUAACGAUGUACCAGUAGAAGACAUUAAAUCAGAAAGAAUGUCUCCAAUUUCGAGUCAUAGUAUUGACAUGGAUGAUGAUAUUGAAAAGAAACGAGAUUCUUCGGCAAUGUCACCUGGAACAUUAUUUGAUAUGAAAAUUAAAGAAGAAAAAACACAAACUGGUAUUAAAACUCUUCUUCCUGUAAGACCAGCAGUAUCGUCAGAAGUGCAAAGGAUUGACAGGCCAAAAUCUUUAGAUGAAGUUAUUAAUAUUGAUAGAAUGAAGGGUCAACGGAAACGGCAAUUAUCAGAAUACAGUUCUGAUGGAUUAAAUAGGAAUAAACGACGGAAUGGUGGUAUUCCAGAACUUGAUGAAUAUGGUGAUUUGGAUGAUAGUGCGUUGGAUACCGAUGAACCGCCAACACUUACGUACAGAUACAGUCGCAGGAAAUCAGAUUCCAGAAGCGAUGAAAAUAGUCAGAGUAGUCAACUAUAUGAUUCUCGCGUUGAAAAAGAUGAUACUUUGAAAGGGGAUAUUGCUAAAAAAGAUACUAAUGAUGGGGAAGAAACUGAGGGUGUCAUGAUGAUGAUCAAUGGCGAAAUGGUAAAAGUGGAACAACUUCGUAGAGAAGAAAUAAUAAACUGUACUUGUGGAUACAUGGAAGAAGAUGGUUUAAUGAUACAGUGUGACCUGUGUUUAUGCUGGCAACAUGGCCAUUGUAAUGCAAUAGAAAGAGAAAAAGAUGUACCCGAAAAAUAUGUUUGUUAUAUUUGUCAGAACCCAUAUAGACAACGGCCAUCAAAGAAGUAUUUCCACGAUCAAGAUUGGGUGAAAGAGGGAAAACUGCCAAUGUUAUCUGAUCGAACAAAAAAUCAGAAUCAAGUAAAUCAAAGAACAGCUAUGCUAAAACGUUCUUAUGAUUUAGUUGCUUCUCUCUUGCAAAUACAACAAGUAUUGCACAGUUUAAGAGUAAAGAUCAACGUAGCUCAGAAAAAAGAUCAUCCAAAGCUAUACCUUUGGGCGAAAAAUUGGGAAAAGGUUGAAGUACCAAAACCAGAUCUAACACCAAUACCAAUUAUGGAAGUUACAAAAUCAGGAAGUGAAGAUGGAGAUGAUAUAACUGAAACGUCUCAUCGAGUCGAAGUAAAGACAGAAAUAAAGUUCACUUUAAAAGAUAAUCACGAUGAAAAAUUAAUAGCUUCAGACUCGGAGUUAAUGAAAAUUUUAGAAGAAGAUAAUCCAACUUCGGAUGAAUCUAAAGCUACAUGCAAAAAAGAGGAUUUAACAAAUGAGAAUAAAAGUCAUAUUCUUCUUGAUGCGCUUACUAAAAGUGGUGGUAUUGAAGAAAAAUAUAAAAAUUCAACAACUUCGGAAAUAAAACCGGAUACAGAUCUGUUAACUAAUCAAAGCAUUGUAUCGGAAAAUGAUAUAUCUAUGCCAGCUGCUUCAGAAAAUAACAUGCAUGAAGAACUAAAACAGGAAACGACACCGAUACAGCCUUUCAUUCCCCAACCAGAAGCACCAAUUGAUCCAGGGGAAUGUCGAAUGCGAUUAUUAGAACAUAUUGAACAUUUUCAAAAUCAUAUAGAUGCAAGAUUAACAUUUAUUGAAGCACAAGUUUGUGCACUGGAAGCUAUGGAUCCUGAAGAUGUAUCUAGUCCAGAAAUUCAACCUCGAACUAAACAAACUGUUCAAAUGCUUCUUCGAGAUUUGAACACAGUACGAAAAUUAGCCGCUCUGUGUUAAAUGAAAAUUAUGUUCUUACAGAAUAUAAUUUUUCUUCUUUAGUUUGAUUUAAGAACUAACAUUGUUAUAUAGCAAAUGCACAUUGUUUCAUAACAUAUAUUACCAGGAAUAAUUUAUUACUGUACUAUAAAAUAUAUGUACAGUUUUGAUUGAAUAGGUGAUUUAUAAUUAUAUUAGUGUUAUUGUUUCAAAAUUUCGUAUUUUUUAUAUACAU